CAUAUUCAUCGGUCCAUUGGAUGUUUUUGUUAGUAGUGCACUUGCUUUCGCCGCGUCGUCAUCGCUCGUCGUCGUUUCUGUUGCUCUCGCGCCCCGUUAGAAGCCGUGUAGUGCUGAUUCUUGGUCAUUCGUGGCCCCAUCGUGGUGCUUCGCUGCAUUUCGUUUCGUACAGUGUUCAGGUGGAUAUUGUGUGGAUUAUAGCAGUAACGGUACUUUUUAAAGGUGCAUCAUCGUCAUCAUCCCAUCGCGAUUCGCAGCACCGUCGUCCGUCCGUACGUAGGUACGUGGACAGCAUAGUGGUGGAUGGACUUUUCCGCGACGAAGUGUCGAUUGAUUCGGUUGCGGUGCGUCGUCGAAAGCAGACCUGCAGAUAGUGUCGCGUGAAUGUGUCGAAAUCCUAUAUCUCACCUACCGUGAUCUUGCAAGCCAACCCAUUCCCCUCCCACCCGUACGACGUGUACGAUACGAUACGUGGACGGCGACGCACAGCAGCAGUAGUGCUGUGCUGUGUGCUCGAAAGGAGGUCGAAGAUCGAGAUCGCGAGGAGCUGCGGCGCGAGAGUAGUGUGCGCUUCACUACUUCGGUGUGAUUCGUUCGGAUUGGUUUCGAUCGAUCUCCACUUUAAUUUGGCUGAAAGUGCGAGUGCUUUUCAGUGAAACUACGUAACUAGAUUUCACGGCACUCAAAUCCCCGACGCGAGGAUCAAAUCGUGGCAAGUUUUGUUUUUUUGUUGUUGGAAUUUGGAGCAGCAGUGACGAGAAGGUGUGGAAGUGCAGGAAACUCGGUUUUUUCUCAGUGCCUCUAUAACAUACGGACGUUCCUAUAAGGUACACAGUUGGCAAUAAAAAGUUCCGUCAGUGGAGCAGAAGAAAGAACAUCUGACGAAUUCGGUUCUAUUAUACAAGUGAAAUUUGUAGCUCAAUUUUUACACAUCGUGAAAGUCUGAACUGACGACGGUGAAAAGUAAGAUAAGAAACAAAAGUGUUAAUUAGUUUAAGUGCUGCCCAUAUCGCGUAACUAGUGUAAUUAAAACAAACACCUUUGCAAAGAUAGAAAAUGUUCGACGGAUCGAACUGACGGAGGCAACCCACAUCGCCCUUUCUCACCCACACUUGUGUGGUCGCGAUCGCCCGUUGAAGCCAAUCAAAAGCCCCCCUCGACGUCGAAGAAAAUAAAAAGAGUGUUGAAGCAGAGAAAAUUAAACAAGAAAAAACAACACCAGAGAAGCAGAGGAAAAAUCAUCACCCAACACGCGAAGGAAGAAAGAAAAGUGCCAGAGUGUUGCUGCCGCUGUCUGUUGGGUCUGUUCACGCGAAACAAGUGCAACGACGAAUUGCGCGCGCGGGGUAUUGACACACAAAUACCACAUAAUAAUCCGCGCGCGGUGGUUUCACGUCGAGUCGCCGUUGAGCAAAGUGCAGGCGAAAAUCGGUGAAAAUAUAGCGAAGUGAAACCUGACAGCACGCCGCCGCCGCCGCGCCGAUCGAUCAGGUGGUGUUGUCGAAGAAGCAAAAUUCAAUAAUUAAUAGAAAAUUUCGAAUAGGACAGCGCGCGACAACGACUACGACACGAUUUUAAGAUUAAGUAACGUCGCGCGCGAAUACAUAUCACCGUUUUCUGGGUGGUUCGAUCGGACCGAGUGGUGUGAUAAGCGUUGGGUGCAGUUGCAUAGACGUUGAUCGACAUCAACAGAUCCCCCCCCCCUCGAUCAAUUUUUUUUUACAUCAUCGACGUUAUUGACGCCUGCCAAUAGAAACAGUGCAGAACAGCAGUGUGACCGGCGGUAACCACAACAACAACAGCAGCACCAUGGAGUCAAUGGAGUACGAGAUGGCACGCAACAUGACGUUGCUGUUCUUUCUGGAGCGACUGCUGGAUCGCGGAGAGCCACGCACCCUGCACGAUCUGUCGUGCCAGUUCGGGGCCCGCGGUUUCACCAAGGAGAUGCGACAGAUUGCCGGCGGAAGUCAAUCAGGACUCAAAAAAUUCCUCUCACAAUACCCUGCCCUAUUCGAAAUCAACGGUGAUUUCGUGCACAUCAACAGUUACACAUCGAGCAGCGUAGACGACUCGUCGAUCACGGGCAAACGAGACUACAUCCAGGAGGCGAAAGACUACUUCAAACACAAACUGCUCCAAUACGGCAAGGGCACCGAAGUGCCGAUCCGUAGUCUCCUGGGUCACCGUAGUCAAGCAUCUCCCCAGGUAAGGCACAUCUCCGGACAGCACAUCCGAGAGUUCACCGAAUUCCUACUCAAACACCCGGAUACCUUCCACGUGGUAGACGGGGAAAAUGUCGUCCUGGUUGGGUGCGAAAACGAAGAGGACGUCCCCGCCUCGGAGCGGUUGCAUUUGCCAAACUCAUCCAUCGACACACAGGGGACCCAACAGCUGCUGGACUAUUUUGCCCAGGUUAUAGAAGUGAAAGGUCCCAUUAUCGUCGAUCAGCUCUUCCACAUGGUCACAUCCAACUUCCCACAAGAGCAAUGGUUUCACAUGUUUAAAAACCCAGGUGAUCUAAAAACGUUUCUGAAGCUCUUCUCGGACUGCUUCCACAUCCAAUCCAAUCUAGUCACACUCCUGCAAAAGCCAAAACUGUCCGAUUCACACAUUCGGCAGGCGCAGGACAAGCUCAACCUAUCCAACAGCUCCUUUAACACCACACCAAGUAUCGGCAGCGCUGGAAGCGCCGUGGGUAGUGCAAAUGGCAGCAACAACACCAGUCGAACGGCCUCACCCAAAAACAUGAUCGGUGAUUUUAAACUUAACGAACCGGUUUCGGUCGGGAUCGUUCCCAACAAUCCGGCCACCACACUAAGCAGUAGUAAAAGCGAACCCACCAGCGGGUUCGACAGCUUAUUAAUCAAUAAUGAUUUUAAAAUGGAGAACCUUUGUCCUAAAACUGCCCCUCCACGUCGAACUCCGCCUACUCAAAAUCCCAGCAGAACUCAACGUUCAACAGCAAACCACACAAACCGCCAGGCUAGAUCCGAAUCACACGAUAGCCAACGAAAAGCGAACCUCAUCAACAACAACAACAAUCCGGCUGUGAAUCCGAAAAAUCAAACCCUCAAACAACGUAUCAACAGUUUGGUGAUCAAAACGCUCGCCGAAAACCUAGAAAAAGAUAAGCAAUCAAUGUCUGCCAUACAUCAAACACAUCACAGCGUGGGUGUCGGUCCCGGUGGGGGUGGUCCCCAACCGAACAACAACCCAGCGCCACAUCCCGUCUCACCGACGCCGACCAGUCCGGUUCACUCGAAUAACUACUUCAUCGGUGACACGUGGAAGAUCAAAGUGCUGCAGAACACUCGGGUCAUCUCCACCGUCAAGGAGUCCCUCUUCGUCAACAAUGCCAUCCUGAAAGCGUCAACGUACGAGGACCAGGCGGUGGUAUCGUUCGACUGCGAGGGCAUCAACUUGGGCGUCCGAGGGCAGAUCACCAUGAUCCAGCUGGGUACGACCCGGGGCGAAGCGUUCAUCUUCGAUGUGGCGUCCUGCCCGGACAUGGUGCCGCUCGGCGGCAUAAAGGAGGUGCUCGAAUCGGAGAAGGUGAUUAAGGUGAUACACGACUGUCGGAACGACUCGGUGAAUCUGUACAAUCAGUUCCAGAUAUUGCUGAAGAACGUGUUCGAUACGCAGUCGGCCCACGCAGUGCUCCAGUUCCAAGACCAGGGAAAACAGGUCUACAAGGUGAAAAACGUCUCGCUGAACACCCUGUGCGAAAUGUACAACGCCACAGUCAACCCGAUGAAGGACCAGCUAAAGAAUGUCUACCGAAGGGACCAGAAGUAUUGGGCCCGAAGGCCGCUUACCCGCGACAUGCUUCUGUACGCCGCCGGAGAUGUGCUGAUACUGAUCAACGAACAGCUGUACCUCAAUAUGGCCACAUCAAUCAAGACAGAAUUCCGCGAACUGCUCGCGGAGUUGUGCACUGAGCAGAUUUUGAUGCUAAUCCGCCCAGUGGACGUCAAGAUGCGUAAGAAGCAACGCAAGGUUCGCUCAGAGAUUCAGGAUCUCAAAGUGAAGCUGAAAGGUGCCAGCAAAAAUGUGGUGCUAAGCAAUCGUGAGAUCCGAUUGCUGAGGUACAUGGACCUGACCGAAGAUGAGAAGGAAAAACUGCGGGUAUCGUACAAGGUGGCCAAGAAGCUGGACAAGCUGGAGAACUUUGAUCGGGAUCGUGGCGACGCGAGCGAUUCCGACGACGAUUGUGAUGUCAUCGAGCAGGACUACCAGAGCCUGGAGAGCAUGCCGUCGGAUAACUCGUUACCGGGCACGGGCAACAACGGCGGCCCAGGCACGUUUUCACCCAAGAGUUCCGAACCGCCGAGCCUGACCGAGUCGAUGCAGCUGAUGGACGAAAUCCUGUCCAACACCACCAUGGAUCGGAUGGCCAAGAUCGAUAAGCUGGAGGCGAUCUUGUCGGCGGCGACCCUUCUACCAAGCGAUCAGUCCUUCACUGAGACCAUGAACAAUUUCAAUACCAAUACGAUAGUAGUAACUAACGAUAAUAUUCUACAGCCGGCGAAGAAGGAGGAACCUAAAGGACGGACGCAAAAGUCCUCCUCAGUAAUGGGUCCCCCGCUGGGCAGUUCCAACAAGCCGUCGUCCCGCCAUCAGUCGCAGCAUGGCUCGACUCCACCUCCAGCGCCGCCGAAAGCGGAAAUGAAGGAAGCCGGCUGUCAAACGCUCAGCACCGGCGACAUCGUCAUCACGAAAAUCUUCUUCAAGGAGGAACAGGAUAAGAAACCGGAGAAGACCCUCAGCGGUUCGGCCAAACGGAAUGGGUUGGACGCACCACCGGAGAUAAUGGUACAUCAGCAGCACAACUCCGUGCCAGCCUGACAGGCUCAACCGGUCAGUUCCAGAAGUGGUGGUAGAAAGGGUUCGGCAGGCGAAAGACGAUCGCGCAACGGCAGCGCGACAGUCUACCGCCAACAGCAGCAGCAGCAGCACCAUCGAGGUGGACGAUGUGAAUAGUAGUCGUUUUGUGGGAGGGUGCUUUUCUGUUUUUUUGGACGGGUUAAUAUUGUUUUCAGUAUAUAGCGAGUUAAUGUUUGUGAACAGGUAUCAAAUAUCUGUUCGAGUUGAGCAAUUGGCGAGCGAGUACAGUUUGGUCUGGAUGAGAGCACGAAGCGAGCGAAGCAAGGCAGUAUGAUUUCUGAACGAGAGAGAAGCAAUAAUUUAUCGACGUAUCUAUAGAAUCACAUAUUUUUAAAGAAAGUUAUUUGAACCCCGUAUUUAUGAAAAAUCCAUUUGCGAAGAGACACGAGUUCAGGCUAUAGAAGGAACAAGACUAGGUGAAACCUUGUUAUAUCAAUUGUAAAAUAGUAAAAUGCAAUUCAUAGGAAGUGAGAACCGUUUCAGAAAACCAAUAUCAAUAUUUUUUUAUAGUAAUAUAUUUAACGAACCAUCUGAGGUGAGAUUUUUUCCUAACGUAAAACCAUGUAAGCAUAGCUAUACUAUCUUGAGACUCAUUUAUUAUUAAAGUACAGAAAAGAAUCACAAGAAAUUGAAAGGAUCAUUUUUUGCAGUCGAUGAGACAUUGAAGAAAUUUUACAUAUGCUGAAAGUUAACAAUGAAUACGAAAGUUGUAUCAUGCAAAACAUGUUAGAUCAAAAACCGCUUCCUAAUAUAUUAUACCAACAAACACGUAGAUGAAAUACACAGAAUUGGACAACACAUCGCAUUCUAAAAUAGAAACAAAAGUGUGAAAGAGGAUAUUAACUAAUUCGAACAACGUGAGCGUUAUUAACAUUUGAAUUGAUAAUUGUUUGAUGCGUUAGACCAGACUAGAAUAAUAAACCCUAAUUCCUAGAACUAUACUUUAUAUAGUAAAGGAGAAAAAUAUUGUACUGCGGAAAUCAAAUAUUCUAACAAUAAAAUGUAUUGGAAAUAAAAUACGAGAAAAAAACACGAAAAACAAUAAAAUCAACAUUAGAAUACUGAA